AUAUGUGCUGAUGGCUUUUUUGGAGAUCCGCUUGAAGUAAACGGCACAUGUGUGGAGUGUGUUUGCAAUGGGAAUAUCGAUCAAAUGGCGAUUGGUAACUGCGAUACACGAACGGGUGAUUGUUUAAAAUGCAUUGGGCAUACAACAGGCGUCCAUUGUGAGAAAUGCCUUCCCCAUCACUAUGGCUCGGCGCUCACUCACACUUGUCAUCCGUGUGAUUGUCAUCGACAAGGAGCCACUUCACUUCAGUGUGACACCGCAAUUGGUGUCUGCGAGUGUAAAGAGAACUACAUUGGUCGACAUUGUGAUCGUUGCAAAGAAGGGCACGGCGAUGUAGAGAAUGGGUGUGAGGAGUGCAGGUGCGACCCCAUUGGCUCCCUUGGUCCCGAUUGUGAGCCCGUCUCUGGGCAAUGCUCCUGUAAACAGGGUGUUUUCGGAAAAAGAUGUGAUCAAUGCCGUCCCUCGUAUUUCGCCUUUUCUGACUCGGGAUGUCAAUUUUGCAAUUGUAACACCUAUGGAUCGAUUGAGGACGGAAAAUGUGACAACGUGACUGGAGCCUGUCAGUGUCGACAAUUUGUUGAGGGACAAAUGUGUGAGAAGUGCGCGCACGGCUAUUUCAAUAUCACGUCAGGGCUGGGAUGUCAGGAAUGUAACUGUGACGAGGUAGGCGCUGAAAGUGAUGGCUGUGAUCUAAUCACCGGACAAUGCGAGUGCAAACCUGGAGUGACCGGCUUAAAAUGUGACCAAUGUGCGCCAAAUCAUUGGGGACUCUCCGAAAGCGGGUGCAAAGAAUGUGCCACUUGUCCAGCUGCUGGUCAAGUCUGCGACGCGGUGACGGGUGAGUGCGUUUGUCCGCCGAAUACUGUGGGUGAGCUGUGUGAGAGGUGCACGGAAGACGCUUGGGACUAUCAUCCGCUGGAAGGAUGUAAAACGUGUGAGUGCUCAGAUGUUGGAGCCGCUUCAAGCAAGUGCAAUCCAAGAACAGGACAGUGUGAAUGCAAAGAGGAGUUUGUCGGAUUGAAAUGCGAUCGAUGCUCUCACGGCUUCUUCAACUUCCCUACUUGUGAGCCUUGUGCCUGCACACCAGAAGGCACAGAUCCACUUCAAUGUCGCGAAGGCUUGUGUCUCUGUGAUGAAAAAGGGAAAUGUCCAUGCAAGAAAAACGUGGUUGGAGAGAAAUGUGAGAUGUGCAAAGAUGGGUCUUUUUCAUUGGAUUUAUCGAAUCUACUCGGAUGCACGGAAUGCUUUUGUUUUAAUCGAUCCACCUCUUGUGAACAAGGGAAACUUGUUUGGAAACAAGUCUAUGCCGAGGACCAAUCAGCGACUUUUGUUGAACCUUGGGAAUACUACACACAAAAGCACAAUGUUAGACUGCUACAGGAACACACGGGUAACUUCAACUCGUAUCCCACUGAUGACACUCCAUUGUAUUGGCAACUCCCGAAGAGUUUCCUUGGUGAUCGCACUGGAUCUUACAAUGGUUUUUUGAGGUUUAAGAUCGCGAACAACGACAAUCGGCUGGGAAUUCAAGGAGUUCGUCCGAAUCCAAAAGUUUUCCGAUAUUUCCCUCAAGUAGUCCUUGUUGGCAACAAUCGCAUCGAACUCGAGCAUAUUCCAUUUGAAAUCGCUGAUGACGGAAAGUACAAGAUUCGAAUCCACGAGUCCGAGUGGCGCAGUCGACUCUCUCCUGAAGUCCCAGUGACACGAAAGCUUCUAAUGGUGGCUCUGCAAAACGUUCAGGCCGUUUACAUUCGUGGCUCGUACAAUUAUCCAUCGCGUGGUGACUCGAUCUCGAUUUCAGAGACUUCCCUUGAUGUGGCCACAAAGGACACUCAAGGAUCACCGGCAAUUGGAGUUGAGCAGUGUCAUCAAUGCCCGGAUGGCUAUGGUGGCGCAUCGUGUCAAGAUCCAGCUGAAGGCUUUUGCCGACGAAGAGCCAACAAUUUCUUGGAUAAAGUCGACGAAUUGGCGCCAGUUGGAUGGAGUGAACCGUGCGCUUGCAAUGCUCACACAACGACUUGCCAUCCAGAGACUUGUCUUUGCACGGAUUGUGAGCACAAUACAUGGGGUGAUCGAUGUGAAUUGUGCAAGCCAGGCUUUGUCGGAGACGCGACUCGUGGUGGCAGUGCGGCUUGUACGAAAUGCGCUUGUCCGUUAACGGAAAACUCGUUCAGUGAAACGUGUGUACAAACUGACUACGGUCGUGGAUAUCUUUGUGAUGCUUGCAAGCCUGGAUAUACUGGACAAUAUUGUGAGAGCUGUGUUGCUGGCUAUUAUGGUGAUCCGUCAGCAGUUGGUGGACAGUGUGUGCAAUGUGAUUGUCAUCCUGAUGGAUCUCUGCAUGGAUCGUGUCACCCAUUGACCGGAGCCUGUGAAUGCAAACCUGGUGUGACCGGUCGUGACUGUUCCCGUUGUCAAGAGCGACACGCAUUUAUUAACAGAAAGUGUACAUCAUGCGAUCAAGGUUGUUAUCUCUCAUUGAUGUUGGAUAUUGAUGAUUUGGAAGAGACACUAGCUGAACAGAAUUUCACAAAUCUUCGUCCAAUUCCAUGGAAACGAAUUUCUCGAAUCGAAAAUAAUACAAAAUUGCUCUUUUCGUUCGUUGGUGGCCUUCAAAUGAAUCCAAAUGAGAUGAAUGUUUUGGAUUUCGAUGGGAAAACGAAAUAUGCAAAAGAAGCUGGUUCGAUUAUUGAUGAGGCGAAUUUCAUGUUGGAUCGAGCUGAACGAGCUGAAGAUGACAUUCUUAACUUUACGAAAAGAGCCGAAAUCAUCGCAUUAAAUGCUCAAAAAGCCUACAAGGACUCUUUCAACACAACGCAAUUCCUCAAAUAUUUCUCGAGAUAUGGCGGAACAACGGUCGGCUCGAGUCAAAUCGAGAUGUGGGCGGCUGAGUCCGAAGCUCAUAUGAAUGCGACGAUUGAGAGAGGAGAAUAUGUUGAGAAGCGGCAUGACAGAGUCGAGGAUACAAAGGGAAAAACAGACGAUUUGGCGAAAAAAGUAACCCAGUUGAAGCUAAACGAUACGGCUUUCGAGUACAUCAAGAAGCGUUUCGCUGAUCUCGAGAUUUUGGUGGAAGAUUUCCGGACAACAAUCUACGAAAAAGCGAAAAGAGAUGGAGGAGACGCGAGUCGAAUGAGUACAGUUGUCGCCAAAAGAAUCGAUCGAUAUAAGGUA